AUGUCCACAGCGCCGGUCAGACUUGGGAUUAUCGUCCCGUCGUCCAACACGUCUUUGGAACCGCUGACGCAGGCGAUCGUCGACAGCAUCUCGACGCCGCUUCGGCAAGUGACGGUCCACUUCACGAGGAUCCGCAUGACGCAGCUCGACCUUUCAACACGCAGCGCUGCGCAGUUUGCGCAGAGCGCUUUCGUCCCGGCGGCACAGCUGCUUGCCGACGCCAAGGCGAGUCGCCCGUCCACACACCCAACCCCUUUCCCCGCUCAACCUCUUCCGCGUGUAGAUGCCAUAGGGUGGUCCGGGACGAGCGCGGGCUGGCUUGGGUUUUCCCAGGACGAGCAGCUCUGCGAGCUUGUGACGCGGCGCUUCGGCGUGCCGGCGACGACUUCGACGCUGGCGCUCAACAGAGUGCUGAGGCUCGCGCGCGUCGAGAGGCUGGGUCUGGUCACGCCGUACACGUCCGACAUGAACCAGCUGAUCAUGCGCAACUACGCCGAGAUAGGCUUCCCCAUCGCGCCGGAGCGAGAAAAGCACCUGGGCAUCACGGAGAACGGCGAGAUUGGCAGCGUCGGGGAGGAGCGGCUGACUAGCAUGGUCAGAGACGUCGUCGACGCCGGAGCAGACGCCGUCACCACCUUUUGCACUAAUUGGAACGCAGCCCACCUUGUCGACGGCUGGGAAAAGCAGUUCGACGUGCCCGUAUUCGACUCAGUCGCGACGGUCGUGUGGGACCUGUGCAGGAUGACGGAGGUGGACAUGAGCGGAGCUGGAAGUUGGGGCAGGAUGUUCUUCUAG